UACUAGUAACUGCUAGUAACGGAUCAUUGAACAGAUUGAAGUCAGUGGAAGGGUAGCAACUAGCAGCUAAUUAGAUUCUGUUCGAAAAAAUCAAAUGUUUAUUAUUAUCACUUACUAAUACAAAUGAAUGAAUGUAUUAUUUAAAGUUCCAAGUAUAAUUAAAUUGAUAUAUUUAUUUUAUAUAUAUAUAUAUACAUAUAUAUAUAUGUAUGUAUAUAUACUAGCUCGGUUUAGAAAAUAAAUGUGUACCUCGUGUUGAUUUAACGUCGCAAGUUAAAUUCAUUGAUAACGGUGUAUUCCACGAGCAAAAAAUAUUUUUAUUGUUAUUAUUUUUUCGAAGAAUAUUCUUUUGUGUUCGAAAUAAAUAUGUAAAUAAAAAUAUUUAUCUCUGCUUUUCUGAGAUAUAAUAUAGUAAUUCGGAAAAAAAAAGAAAAAGAAAAGAAAAUGUUUGAUCUCAACGUUAGCUUAGAAAUGUGCUGCGUGACACGAGGUGAAUUAAGCGAAUUCGAUAAAGAAAAAAUCUUUAUGUAAAGGAAUUAUUUCUUAAACAUGUAAUCUUUCUUCUUCGUGUGUAACAUUGUAUUAUUGUAUUUAAAUAAUGGUGCUUUGGAUUAUUUCCUUCACGGCAAUUGUUUUGCACAUCACUAUUGUACAAAGUAAGCUAGUACCGCAAGGUUAUUGUGCCCUUUAUAAUGGCAAAAUAUGUAAAAAAUAUCUCACAGGCAUUGGAAAAGUAUGGUUUAACAAUUCAUUCGAUAAUCCUGGUGGAUGGUUAAACGAACAGAUAACGACGGAUUUAUGGGAAGAAAUAAUAGAAACUCUUGUAGAACCAUGUCGUUCAGCGGCCGAACAAAUGCUCUGCUUAUAUGCCUUUCCAAGAUGCCAUGAAUCAGUAGGACUGCCAUUGUGUUACGAAGAUUGCGUAGCGGUACAUCAUUUUUGUUUCAAUAACUGGAUAAUAAUCGAGGACCAAAAGCAAAAAGGAAUUUAUAUCAGGUCACGUGGCCAUUUUAGUUUACCAGAUUGUCAAAGUUUACCAAGGAUAGUCAAAGGAAAAGUCACUUGUUCGGAGGCCUAUUUAACCGAUAUAAAACAAGAACUUGUCACUUAUGACUGUAUCAAAGGUAAUGGUAGAUAUUACAUGGGAAAAUUGAAUAAAACAAAAGGUGGAUUAGAUUGUCAACCAUGGAGUGCUCAAGUUCCACAUAAUCAUGAUAAACCACCAGAUAUUUUUCCACAAAUUCAAAAGGAUGAAAAUUAUUGUAGAAACGUAGAUGGCAUUGAAUCUAUGCCAUGGUGUUUCACUAUGGAUCCUGAGACACGCUGGCAACAUUGUGAUAUUCCUAUAUGUGAUAAUACCACAGAUACAAUAAUUGAAAUUGAUCCAAAAGAUUUGACAAUAUAUACAAUUAUCACUCCAUCAUUUAUAUUAGCACUCUCUUCAUUGGGAUUUGUAAUCAUUGCUGGGACUGUACUUUCUAUACUGUUAAGGCGAAGACUUCAUAAAAGACAUCAAGGAUAUAAUCCAACUGAAAGUCAGGAUGUUAAUAUUGAUUUGGACAAAUUGCCAAGCAAUGAAGCGUAUCAUAAGACAAGUGCAAAACUUAAUCCAAAAUUGGAGAAACUUGAAUUUCCACGAAAUAAUAUUAUUUAUGUACGAGAUUUAGGUCAGGGUGCCUUUGGUCGAGUAUUUCAGGCAAAAGCACCUGGUCUUGUGCCGGGUGAAGAAUUCACAAAUGUUGCGGUAAAAAUGUUGAAGGAAGAAGCGUCAGAUGAUUUGCUCGUAGAUUUUGAGAGAGAAGCAUGUUUGCUUGCAGAAUUUAAUCAUCCAAAUAUUGUUAAGUUGUUGGGUGUGUGUGCAUUAGGACGUCCAAUGUGUCUCUUAUUUGAAUAUAUGGGACGUGGUGAUUUAAAUGAAUUCCUACGCUCUUGUUCGCCCGGGAAUUACAUUAUUCGAAGCUUAGAGAGAGAUGGUACAUUCACAGACUCUCAACUAUCGCAUAUGGAUUUAAUUAAUAUAGCUUUGCAAGUAGCAUCUGGAAUGGUAUAUUUAUCGGACAGAAAAUUUGUACAUCGAGACCUUGCUACUAGAAAUUGUUUAAUAAACGAUCAAAUGAUCGUAAAAAUUGCGGAUUUUGGAUUAUCUCAAAAAAUAUAUCUUCAAGAUUACUAUAAAGGCGAUGAACAGGAUGCUAUUCCAGUUAGAUGGAUGCCUCUUGAGAGCAUACUUUAUAACAAAUACACUGUUGAAUCUGAUGUGUGGGCUUUUGCUGUAUGCUUGUGGGAAAUUUUUAGUUUUGCGCUUCAACCAUACUACGGAAUGACUCAUGAAGAAGUUGUUAAGUACAUCAAAGAAGGCAAUGUUCUCCAAUGUCCCGAUAAUACACCUUUAUCGAUAUAUGAAUUAAUGAAACUUUGUUGGAAUAGAAGACCAUCCGACAGGCCUACAUUUAGAGCAAUAUAUGAACGACUCGAUACGAUAAAACACGAAAUAGAAGCAGAGAAUAAAACGGACAGUGUGGCUUUGCGCAUUCAUGUCUGAAUACAAAUGGAGCAGUGCAUGAUUAAUUAUAUAUAUAUAUGUGUGUGUGUGUGUGUACAUAUAUAUAUAUAUACAUAUAUAUAUAUAUAUAUAUAUAUAUAUAUAUUAAUGUAAUAACUAAUAUAUUACUUACUCCACAUUAAAGGUAAGUAAUUAUUAAAAUGUAAAUGUUACAUACAAAGGCCUUCUUUGUUAUAUUUGUUAUGUCACGUUAAUGGCAUAUCGCUAAGAAUAUUUAUAAAAAAUGUGGCUAUUACAUAUAUUAGUAAUAACUAUGUUGAUCUGAGAAUAUCAUUAGCAAAAUGCUUUUGAGUACAUGCGAAAACUAAUUCAUACGUUUACUGUUUUCUGGAUAAAAAGUAGUUUAAUAUCCUAUGGCAUAGAUGUAUACAAAUAAUUUAUAUCUUUAUAUAAUGAAAAAGUGCUGUAUUUGAAUUAAACAUACCGGCUUGAAAUAUCGUUUAAAAUUUUUAAAUAUUAACGAUUGCAAGGACUGGAAAGAUUCUUGUGGAAUUGAUCAGCUACUAAGUCGCUAUUGCAAUACAAAUUUUCAAAGUUUAAUUUCACAUUCUAUCGUCUAACUAUUCAUAUUUAUAAUCAGUGGUGUGAUAUCAUGAAUAUGAGCGGCUAUUAUUUAGCAAAUAUACGUACAUAAUCAUAAAUAUUAUACAAAUGUUUUAGGAUGAUUGUAAAAGGAAACUGCCCUAAUAUAUUUACAUUUUGUAUAUCUUUAUAUGUUUUGCUAUACAGAUUUAUAUGUAUAUUAUGCAACAUUCCAGAACAGUAUGUGAAUCAUAAUCGAUAUCGUGCAGAAAGUAAUGCUUUAUAAAAAAUCAUUAUAUAAUUUCACAUCAUAUAAAUACACAUGUUGAAUUUGUGUGUAUAAAUAUGCAUGAACAUUAAAUGCAUUUUUGUUUACUCGCAAGUUAUAUGAGUAUGCAUGUACAUUCAUUUAAAGGAAUGCUUAAAACAUUCCAUUUCCAUUUAUUUUAAGAAAUUAUUUUAAUAAUAUAAUUAUAUACCGAACAGAUAAAAAACAGAGAUAUAACGCAAGACCUAUUAAUUUAUACUCUGAACUAAAUAAACUUAAGACUGAACAAAAAGAUAUAUGACCAAAGUAAAAAAUUAUUUUUAAGACCUGUUAGUAAAAUAUAGAGAUCCAAAAAAUUCGCAAUAUAAAACUUGAUUGUGCAUUUUAUGGUUUUGUCUUUGUGAUAAUAUUAAAUUAGCUCCAAUGCUUUGAUCUAUACUCAAAUUUUUUUCUUGUUAAAUAUAUUAGAUCGUUGCUAUAGCAAAAAUAUAACUUAAUGUGUGCUAUAAGAAUUAUGUCAAGGAAAAUUACUAUGAGGAAUGUUGAACCAAAGAGAGCAUGUAUGUAAGUGAGUAUACUGUUAUAUGUAAAAUUUUGAAAGUAAAUUAUAUUACGGUACUGUAAAACAAUAUAAUGAAUGUUCAAAUCAUAUAAUAUUAUUUAAUUAACGUAUUAAUUGUUUAACGACACAUAUACACUUAUUUGUUAUACACGUUUUUUAUAGACUUCCAAAACGUCAAGUAAAAACGUAUUAUAAUUGAUUUGUUAAUAAUAAUUACUAACUACUUCUUUUAUAUUAUUCCAUCUUUUAUGACUGAUAAAGUAAAAUUUUAUACGUUCUUUUUAAUAUUAAAUAUAGUGGUAAUCGGUAUUAGAUAUAUGUAUAUAUUUUUUCUUUUUUCUUAAAUGUUAUUUUCUUCUGAUGAUGUUUUUAAAUAAUAUUUUAUUUAAAUUGAACAAAGUGCUAUUAUUAACACUGACAUUCCAACAAGAAUCCAUCGAUUAAUGAAUAUUUUUAAAGAGAUUUCCUUUGUGUACUUUAUACAUAUUUUAUAAUAAUUUUCAGACGAUUUAUAUUAUAUAUUUUACGUAUAUAAACAUAAACACGUCAGAAUUCUACCAAGAUCACGCAUCUAGAUUAUUUUUUACUAUAACACAACAAUGUAUUUACGAUAGAUGUUUACACACAAGAUGUAUUGAUUCGCAUAUACCUUCAUAUUUGUUGAGUAUUAAGAAUGUGUAAUAUGUGUAUGUUCUAACGAGUACAUCAUGUAUCAUCGCAUGUAACAAUAAGUAAAGUAAUAAGAUGCAAGAUAAUAAUAAUAAUGGAACUAAAGCUCUUCCAUAUACCUUUUUAUAUACAUUUUUGUACAUGAAAAAGGGGAAGACACCGAUUCUGUGCUCUUAUAACUAACAUCCAUGUACUUGUAUCCUGCAUAAGUAGAAAAAAUCUAUGUAAUAUGAUAUAAAAAGAUAAUACACAUUUGUAAGCGUAUUGUCUCUGACCAAAAAACUUCUGGUAUUGUAUAAUUCGUUGAGUUCAAAUUUGUUAUUGACAAUGUAGACUCUAUUCUGAAUUUUAUGUACAACAAACUCUAUUACUUAAUCUGUAAAACCAUUGAGACUCCUCGACAAUACAUAACAUUUUUUUUAAACAAGUUGUCAUUUCAUUUUCUUUUUUUUUUUCAUUUUAGCUUAGAUCAAACAUAUUUAUUCAGGUUUUAUACUAUAAGGAUACAUUUGUUCCUAUAAUUAUAAUAUUUAUUAUUACUAUGUAAGGCUCUGUAUAUGUCAAUUUUAAUCAUUUUUUAAUUCAUGAAAUAUUUUCAUCAUCAAUGUAUAUCGCGGAGUCAACAAUGAUAUUAUAUUACAAACAUGUUGAAAAAAAUCUGCUACAAACUUUUACUGAUGUACUUUUACAAAAAAUAAACAACCACUUUCAUA